CCUUUCUCUCUCUCUCUCAAAAUCAUUCAAGCACUCACACAUAUACAGACACAUUGCAGUUCCAGCUUUUCCCUUGCUUCCCUCUCUCACAGCCUGUCAAGCCUAAUUAUUAACCCCAUCAUUCUUGUUUUAAAAUUUGAGCUGCUUUCUUUCUUCUCUCCAAGUAAAGGGUUGAAUUCAACAGCCAAAGAGAUUUUUUGUGUUACCAUGAACUUUCUCCCAAUUCCAUAGGUGCUGCUCUCCACUUGGAUUCAUCCUUCCUUUAAUUUCCCCUUCAAUCAUGACUCAACGAGAACCAUGACAGAAUUUGCCUCUUUUUUUGUUAGUAUUGGUUUAAUUAGUAGUAAGACUAACCUAUGGGAAAAAAUGCUGGCAUGAGGGAGGAAGAUGCUCAAUGAAAUUCAUCACAGAAAGCUGCAAUUUUGGUACUACUCACAACAGGCAUGGGAACUAAAAUUGAAUAUUCCAGAAAUCUUCUAGCAUCCUCAGUAGACAGCAACAACUUCAUUGUGGGUGGUGUGGAUGUCUGGGAGCACUAUCAGAACAAAGGAGUGACUAACAACCAUUUCAGUCUUGGCAUUAAUAAAUUGCAAGAUCCCAUGGAUAGGGUGCUUGACAGAAACAACAUAGAGUCCAUCAAAAGGACCAUGCAGAUGCACGAGGACAUCUUCAAACAGCAGGUAAGGGAGCUACACAGGGUAUACAGUGUGCAAAAGAUGCUGAUGGAUGACCUAAGAAAGGAAACCAAACAAACGAAGUUUUGGACUCCAAUGAAUGGCAUAGACAUGAGUCAUUCUCAUUUCCUUCAACAACAGCAGAAGCAGCAGCAAACUACUGCAGCACUGAUUUCAUAUGGAGCUGAUUUCCGUGUCCAGAGUUUGAGAGAGGAGCUAUGCUCAAAGGAAAGGAGUGGAAGCUGUUCUGGUGAGAGCAUGAAGAGGCAAAGGGGUUUUGACCUUCAAAGGCCUGCUGAGAGAGACAUUUUUGGAGGGUGUGAAGAGAAUGAGGCAGGACCUAGCUCCUACACUGCACUUGAGAGGUGUAAAAUAAGCAGCAAAGGGUGUGAUGAAGACAUGGAAGUGGAUUUGACUUUAAGCAUAGGAGGAAGCCAAGUUAAGAAUACUAAUAGUAAUAAUAAUAAUAAUAAUAACAGUAACAGUAAGAAACCUUAUCUGCUCCCAUUAGGGUGCUCAGACUCACCCAAUGGGAAAACUAGGGAGCUAAAUUCUUCUGUCUCUUUCCAAUCAGAUAGGGUGGGAGAUUGCAGUGACCCCACCACACCCAUGAGCAGCUCAAGUGUGACAUUUGAUCAAGAGAGAAAGGGGCCACAUUGGCUUUCUCAAGGUUUAAAGCUUAAAUAGGAGAGUUUAACCUCUUUGAUUAUAUCAUGGAUCCUUCAUCUCAACUCUACAUGGACCACUGAAUUUUUAUGGUUCAUGUGUUCAGAUUCCUAGAUUAGUUUUUUCUUUCACUUUAUUCCAAUAAAUGGAUAACUUAUAUACUCCCACUUCUGAGAGUCCCUUUCUGUAAAUAGGUAGAGUGAGUUUUAUGUUGUGCUUCUUAAUUUA